CGCUUUUGAUUUCUACGCUCUAAACUUUUUUCAGUACGAUUGUUCGCGUUGUUCCAUCCGGUUGUCGGUGCUUCGGAGUUUCGCUGCUGGAGCAGAUAUACUUAAAUCGAAAAAUCAAAUAAUUCGUUUACGAUAAUUUCGUGUGUGAUAUUUUAGUAGUGAUCUACCGAAUCAAAUAUAUAUGUAUUUAUAUACAUAUGUAUAGAGUGCUGAGUGGAUCACUUACGUAUGUUUUGUGGCAGUUUGUAACUAAUCUACAAACUUAACUAGUAAUUUGAAGCACUUCAACGCAUUUUCUGGAUUGUAAAUUUGAAAGGCUGGAGGAGAAGCAACUUGUGCUCUGCUAAUAUGUUUUCCAAUGUUGGAUUUAUAGAGAAAUGUCGAUGGCGAUUGAAAGUCUACGAACACAAAUACCAGCAAAAUCGACACACAACCGGCGAAACGUCGAUCGUCGAAACUGAGUAUGGCAAAGUAGAAGGUGUUAAGCGAUUAACUAUUUACGACGUGCCAUACUACAGCUUCGAGGGUAUACCCUAUGCACAACCACCUGUGGGCGAGCUGCGCUUUAGAGCACCACAACGACCCAUACCAUGGGAGGGUGUGAGAGAUUGCAAAAGUACAAAAGAAAUGGCUGUGCAGGCACACGUCAUAACCGGCACAAUGGAAGGAUCCGAAGACUGUCUCUACCUCAAUGUGUAUACGAAUAAUACACAGCCCGAUAAGCCGCGGCCAGUCAUGAUUUGGAUACACGGCGGUGGACUCUGCACCGGUGAGGCUACACGUGAAUGGUAUGGACCUGAUUAUUUUAUGCAAAAAGAUAUUGUGCUCGUGACAAUACAAUACCGACUGGGUGUGUUGGGCUUUUUAUCGCUCAGCACGCCCGAAUGCAAUGUACCUGGCAACGCUGCCCUUAAAGAUCAAGUUCUGGCUAUAAAAUGGGUUAAAAAUAACUGCGCGAGCUUCGGUGGCAAUCCCGACUGCAUAACGGUUUUUGGUGAAAGCGCUGGCGCUAACUCCGCUCACUGCAUGAUGCUCACCGCACAGACACAAGGACUCUUUCACCGCGUGAUUUUAAUGUCGGGCACUGCCCUUCCUCUAUGGGAGACGGAAGGUCAAAAGUAUCGCGCUUUCAAUCUCGCGAAAUUAGCUGGCUAUAAGGGUGUUGAUAAUGACAAAAGUGUGCUUGAGUUUUUAAGAAAGUGUAAAGCAAAAGAUUUGAUGGCGCUUGAAGGUCGGACACUGUCGUCAGAAGAUCGUGCGCGCAAUAUAUCAACGCCUUUUGUCUACUGCGUGGAGCCAUACGCGACGCCGGAAUGUGUGAUACCGAAGCCAAUAAGGGAAAUGAUGAAGACUGCGUGGGGCAAUGCGAUACCGCUGCUGGUCGGCCAUACGUCAGACGAAGGGCUGAUCUUCAUGCAGGGAGCCAAGGCCUUAGCCACUGCUGCCCAAAGACAAAAAUGUUAUUCCCUCAAACCCUUUGUACCCUUCGAAGUAGCCGACAAUGAAGAGAGUGAGAAAUUCGAGCAAAAAUUGAGAACAGUGCAUGUGAGUGGUAAGACUCCUACUAUCGAUGAAUAUAAAAAUAUCAUUGCCUACUGGUGCCUGCACUUGCCGCUCUAUCGUCUCAUACUUUCACGCUUAUCGCAUGCCGCCGGUGCGCCACUUUUCCUAUACCGAUUCGACUUCGACUCCGAAGAGUUGCCGCAUCCUUAUCGUAUAUUGCGUAUGGGGCGUGGUGUGAAAGGCGUGGCACACGGUGAUGAGCUUUCGUAUAUCUUUUCAAAUCUUUUUUCACAACGCUUGCCAAAAGAGAGUCGUGAAUAUAAGACUAUUAACCGUAUGAUAAGCUUUUGGACACAAUUUGCGCGCAGUGGCAACCCGAAUGACGAGGAUAUACCUGGUAUGGCAACGUUGACUUGGGAACCAUUGAAAAGAAGUGAACCUAAAAUAAAUUGCUUAAAUAUAAGCGAUGAUUUGAAGUUCAUAGAAUGGCCAGAAUUAACGAACGCGAAAGUGUGGGCUAGUGCUUACGACAAGCACACCGAGUUGCUGAGUUGAAGCGAAAGGUAUUAGCCAGAAAAUAUUUGGUAAAAAAUAACUCAGACAUCGGUUUGAAUGCAAUUUAGUCACUUGUAUGUAAUGAAAUAUUUAUAUAAAACAUUUAAGCGUAUAUAUUUUUAUAAAAAUUAUAUGUAUAGUACAAUUAUAUAUUUUGUUGUUUAUGAAAUUGUUGUUUGUAAAUACAUUUAUUUUAAUUGAACGAAAAUUAAUCGAAUUGACCUCUGUGUAUAAAUGUAAAUAAUAUUUGUAUUAAUUAAUAUGUAUAAAAAGUGUAAUUUUAGCAAUGAAAAUCCAUGUAAUAAAGCUUUAAAUAUUUGUAAAAUUUUGUACAAUUUAUGUAAAUUUAAUAAAUAUACAUGCAAUGAAAAAUAAAACGAAACAAGCAAA